CACCACUUCUAAGCCCCUCGAGUGAUGAGAACCGUACGAUCACGAUUCUGCCUUCACUCUCUACUGUAGUCUUCCUGCGGCUACCCCUAAACCAUGAGCUGGCAAAUUAAUUACCACUUAUUCAAAUUCUUUGCAUGGUUUCUGAUACAUUUUCUGUAAAGCCCCGCACGGGGAACAUCAGUAUGAGGCCUGUAUAGGCCGGAUCCUUCAGAAGAGUAACAUUUAAACACACGAAUACUCCCUUGAUUGACGAAUAGGUACGCACACAGAUUAUAAAGUACUAUUGCUUCAGGCUAGCUUGUCAUAGUUAGGCAUAUUUUAACCGCUCAAUACUUUGAGGUUCUGGGACAUAAAAUUGUUACCAAAUCCUGAGUUGGACUUAAUUCUGUCAUUAAUUGCCACUUGAUAAGUGUAAAUUCCGCCACUGCACUCGGGAUGGUGGUAAACCUCAUUCAUAUACACCAGCUGCUGUACAAUUCAUUUUAUAAAUCAGAGAUUAGUCUUUAAUUUUCUAUAUUUCUUGUCAUAAUUACCAGGCUCUAUAUAAGCAACGCAGUCGAUAAGUUACUCUUUCAAGAUGAUGAGCAGCUCCCGAAGGGAAAUGUCCAUAGAGCAUGACGAAUAUGAUCCAUAUGAAGUUGCAUUAGCAAGACUCGACUCAAUUCAAUCGGAAUAUCUAAAGAAACAACAGGAUGCAUGGGCCACAUUCGAAAGUAACCGAAUUGCUCGGCAAGAAGAUAUCCAAGAGCGCCAGCGACAACUACAACUGCUCCAAGAAGAGCUCCAGAGGAAGCAGAAUGAAUUGAAGGACAUGGAACAGGAACUCCAGGAUGAAAAGAAAAAGUUUCAUGACCUCCUAAAACAGGAAAAGCAAGAGCGCAAAAGAAAACUUGAGCCUUAUCUGAGGGUCUCGCCUGCACCGAUUAACCAAGGCGAAGGAGACAGAGAAUUAACUGACGUGGCAAGAGGACGUACAGAAACUACUUCGCCUAAACAAAAAGACAAUAAGAUAGGGCUCCUACUUUCAGAUCCGAUCGUGAUCGAUUCAGAGGAUGUGUCUAGCGAUGAAUGGGAACAUCCUCUUGCAACAUCUAGUGUGUCUCCAAGCAAACGGCCUAGGAUCUCUGAAGUUGGAGGUACAAAUGUAAACCCAAGUUCGACGCAACCAAACCAGAAGCGACAACGAGUGCGAAGUGGAAACCCUUCAGAAGGCGGCGAAUGUUCAAAUACAGCUCAGAUAAGCAACGGCCGCAACAAAGAGCGAGAAGCUGUUAUCGUAAGGAAACGUGUCCAAAGGAAAAGGAAAAACAGAACGAUUUUUAGAGGCAUCACUGAUCCGAUCGUUGGCGAGAUCUAUAAGAUCCAUCAAGGCCCUCUUAGAGGCGAAUAUGCAGCAGUCCUUCUUCCCGUCGGUAGUUUUAACGUAAUAGGUAUCUCCAAGUCAAUUCAUGAGACACCCCUUACGAGGUAUAUUCCACCCUGUUACAUAUACAACACCUCAAAUAAGGAGAUACUAGGAUGGGAGACAGACUACGAUGACGGCGGACCUAAAGUUACCGAUCGGAAAUUUCCGGUCAUGUCUUUCAAAGGUAUCAGGUGGGAUCGAGUGGAACUUGAAGGGGAAUUUUCUCCUGUCGGCGCAACGUAUGCCUGGGUUCCCGCGAAGUCCCUCAGGACUUUCGACUUCAAUGCUCCUAUGUCCUCCAUGAUGCCAGGAUACCUAAGUGCGAAAAGAUUCAAGGCUCGAUUGAAUCUAAUAACAGAGAAUCGGAAUCGACAAGCCCACGAUGAUAACGAAAGCUCAUUUGCUCCUUCUAUGGAACUUGACGGAUCGACUUCACAGACGUCUGGUACCGGGGAGCGAGACACCGGGGGUAGUCAAACACAAGGACACUUGCAGGUAUUAACACUUCGAUAUUCUGAGGCUAGUCAAACAUCUCACCAAAGUCCACCUAUUGAGGAUCAUGACAGCAUCCCUCAAAAUAUAACCGAGCCGGUGUUUCAUAGCUUCGAAUCAAUCUACCGCGAAACAUCAUCUGAAGCAUCUCCUGACAGCACACCAGAUGAAGACAUCCCGAAUCACGAAUUGAUAAGAAAUCUUUUCGCCGAGCCGCCAGCUGAGAAGAUAGGAGAGACUUCCAAUAACAAUGCCUCCGAUGAUGAUGUUGGAGAUAGCGAUGUGGUCGAAUCUCCACGUGCUCCUACCGAGGCACAGCUCACUGCUACCGCAGAGCUGCCUUAUGUUGCCCGCGCAAUAAGACGUCCCUGGACAGAAGAUGCUAGCGAUAGGCCAAAUGAUCAGGAUGGUUCUUCGGCACAAGAACUGGAGCCUGCGUCCCCCAAAACUGUGACGCCCUAUUAUGCUAACCUAAGAAGGUACGUGAAUCAAAACGAAAGUGAGACGGAAAAUUACUCGCCCACUUCUUCGCGAACAUUAUCUCAGGGGACAGUGCAAGACAUACCUCGUAACGACGACUCUGCGCCGCCACCAACCAACCCUCACAUACAGAAUACAGCUUCGACGGCGCUUUCAUAUUUCAAUGCUAUAUAUAACAGGAGGCAGUAGUUUAGGUACUCAUAUGUGUUUAAGCAUUUAACAUGUAUAUCUUGGAGGUUUCGGGUUUCUAUCGGGGCUCAAUCAAAGGCGCAUCAUGCUUUACUAUUAAGUUGAAUAUUACCAAUGAUAUACUUAUGCUGUGCUACCUAUACUAUACAAAGUUCCAGGAGCAUAAAUAUAUGAAGAAAGAACCACGCUUGAAUUUUUGACCGGAAUAAUCUGGUUAUAGUAUUUCUAAUAUCUUACCUAGCGUGCAAAUAUAAAAGUCGAAUCUACUCUUGGCG